UAUCUAAAUUUAUAAAUAAAAAAGUCGUUAGCUUCUUGAAAUUAAAUCAUGAAUUCACCCCUCCUUCCAGUUGGCAGAUGUGAUACUCAAGGAAUCUAUUAAUUAAGGUUGUUAAAGAAUACAGCAAGGCUAAUCCGAUGAUUAAUGAAGAAACUUGAAGAAUCCUGAAAUGGGUACGUGUAAUUGUGUAGAUAUAAGAUGGACAAUGCUUCAUAUCUUUAUCUUUAUCUAGUAAAUAACACCAAAAACAAAUUAAUCUACUUGGGUAUAAAGAAGGAAAAUAAAAACAAGUGUAAUUUGGGUAAUGGGAUAGUACCACAGUCAUAAUUUUCUUGUGAAAACAUGCCUGUAUAGUCCUGUAAACAACUGACAAUUAAAUAGAAAAAAAUCCAAAAUCAGAUACCCAUCUUGAUCUCAAUUCACACCUCAAGUUGAAUUUUAUUGUCAAAGGUCCAAUAGAAACCAUUUUCAGGAGCAUGAGCAUCCCCUUUCUGUCACUGUUCGCAAAUAAAAACCCAAAAAUCAGUUUCUCAUUUGUCAACACCACAUAACAAAGCAAAACGCAACUUGAAGAGGAGCAGGGAAGAAAAUGAAGCUCGUUUGGUCUCCUGAAACUGCUUUGAAUGCCUAUAUAGAAACGGUUAAAUCAUGUGAACUCUUUCAUGAAUCCAGUGUGGCUGAGCUUGUUUCAGCCAUGGCUGCAGGAUGGAACGCAAAAUUUAUCGCAGAAACAUGGUCACAAGGUGGAGUUAUCGCCACAAGCAUUGGCUUAUCCGUUGCUAGUCGCUACACAGGUGGAAGACACGUUUGUAUAGUCCACGAUAUGCAGUCAAGACUUAAAUACGCAGAAGCCAUGGGAGAGGCUGGGAUGUCACCAGAAAUUCUAGUUGGGGAACCAGAGGAGGUUAUGGAGAAGCUAAUAGGCAUUGAUUUCUUGGUGGUGGAUUCGCAGCCGAAGGAGUUUGCAAGAGUGUUGAGGCUAGCAAAGCUCGGCAACCGGGGUGCAGUUCUGGUGUGCAAGAAUGCUAACUCAAGAGCUUCAAGUUUCGGAUGGAGAGGGGUGCUUGAAGGAGGGUCUCGGCGGCUGGUGAGGUCCGUGUUGCUGCCUGUUGGGAGGGGACUUGAUAUUGCACAUGUGGCUGCAAGUGGGGGAGAUUCAGGUUUAGAGAAGGGGGAGAAAAGAUGGAUCAAGCACAUAGAUGCACAAUCUGGGGAGGAACAUGUCAUUCGAAAGUAGUUUCCCAAAGGAGAGGAGAUGAUGAAAUUUUUUUCUAGUUGGUGUUUUUGCAGAGAGCUUUAAUUUGUAAACACUUUCUCUUCUGCUUAUCCUCUUUGCCUCUCCUUUUUGGCUUAGAAAGUUCUCUGUUCAUAGAUGCGAAUCACAAAACAUAUCUAUUAUAUUUUCAUCUUCUAAUUCUCAUGUAUGAAGUUAAAAGCUCUCCAAUACUUGCUCCUGAAUCAUGACCUUG